CUGCGCCGCUCGCAAAGACGCACGGCGAGGCGCAGGGCUCCAAGAGCAUCAUGAAGAUGGAGUCGGACUACGGCGCGCACAAGUGAGUUGCUAGGCAGGGCCUGGCCGUGGCGUGUUGCAGCCGGUCUAUCAAAUGGCUACUUUACGCCGUACUGGACGCUCGACGCUACCACCCGCUGCCGAUGGUCUUCUCGCGCGCCCUCGGCGCGCACGUCUGGGACCCCGAGGGCCGCCAGUACCUCGACUUCCUCUCUGCCUACUCGGCGGUAAACCAGGGCCACUGCAACCCGCGCAUCGUCGCCGCCCUCGUGGCACAGGCAUCGCGCCUGACGCUCUCGUCGCGCGCCUUCUACAACGACGCCUUCGGGCCGUUUGCCAAGAAGGUCACGGAGCUCUUCGGCUACGAGAGUGUGCUGCCGAUGAACACGGGCGCCGAGGCCGUCGAGACGGCACUCAAGCUCUCGCGCAAGUGGGGCUACCAGGUCAAGGGCAUCGAGGCUGGCAAGGCGCACAUCCUCUCCGUCUCGGGCAACUUCCACGGCCGCACGCUCGGCAUCGUCAGCAUGAGCACCGACGACGAGUCGCGCGACGGCUUCGGGCCCUUCCUCGAGGGCGUCGGCCCGGGCAUCGGCGACCUGCACAUCCGCUACAACCACGCCGAGGACCUCGAGGCCGUGCUCGACAAGCACGGCAAGGACGUGUGCGCCUUCCUCGUCGAGCCGAUCCAGGGCGAGGCGGGCAUCGUCGUGCCGGACCACGGCUACCUGCAGCGCGUGCGCGAGCUCUGCACCAAGCACAACGUGCUGCUCAUCUGCGACGAGAUCCAGACGGGCCUCGGCCGCACGGGCCGCAUGCUGGCGUGCGAGCACGAGGGCAUCCGUCCGGACAUUGUCACGCUCGGCAAGGCGCUCUCCGGCGGCGUGUACCCCGUCAGCUGCGUGCUGGCCGACCGCUCCAUCAUGCACGUCAUCAAGCCGGGCGAGCACGGCUCGACGUACGGCGGCAACCCGCUGGGCUGCGCCGUGGCGGCGGCGGCGCUCGACGUGCUCGUCGACGACAAGCUCUCGGAGCGUGCCGAGCGUCUGGGCGCCAAGUUCCGCGGCGACCUGCUGAAGCUCAAGGAGAGCGGCGAGGUGCCGAUGCUCUCCGAGAUCCGUGGCCGCGGCCUGCUCAACGCCAUCGUCAUCGACAGCUCCAAGUCGCAGAAGGGCCGCACGGCGUGGCAGCUGUGCCUGCUGCUGAAGAGCAAGGGCCUGCUCGCCAAGCCGACGCACGUCAACAUCAUCCGCCUUGCGCCGCCGCUCGUCAUCGAGGAGGCCGACCUUGACCGCGGCGUCGAGAUCAUCCGCCAGUCGCUCCUCGAGAUCGACACGCUCGACGUCAUCCCCGGCGAGGAGGGCGACGAGCACGCCGUCGUGCCGCCGGUCUCCGAGACCUAAGCGGGCGCACUCUCGUCCCCUCCCGUUCCCAAGUUCUCCAUCUUCCUCUCCGUUCCCCCUCAUCCGCCAUCUCUUAUCACCCGCCAUGCGUGCUGCCCACGGACUCUAUCCGAGCAGCACCGCAUGCGCCAGCAAGUCGUGCAUCUCUUCGUCGUCACCGCCACGCCUCAGUCCUCCUCGGGUCCUCCAGCAAAAACAACCAAUCGUCACGCGCGCGCGCCUUCGGCCCCAGCUCCCUUAUC